AUGCCAGCAUGUAUUCUUGUGGACACGAGAAGAUCGGUAGGAUCAUCUCAGAUAGAGCGCAAGGACUACCUACGCUGCCGUACUACAUACGGUCUCCUCUCCACAACAUACAAGCGCAUCAACCACUCGAACAACCCCAAGAAAGAAUACCAAGAACUGCAAGGCGUCGCGAAAGACCUGCGUCACCGCCUAACCAACCUCGACCCUUCUAGAGGUCUUCCGCGUAAAUUCCAAGCUCCCCUCGAUGAGCUCGAAGCAGGAAUCGACAUUACGCUCAACUCAGGCGUGACGAUCGACUUUGUGAUAAGUGGGCUGCGAGAUAUGUUGGAGGAGACGAAUGAUGCGCCUGUGCUCAAACGCGAACCAGUCAAGAUGGUGGAUGAGGCGCGGCUGAAGAAGACCAGCGAGGAACUGGCGGCUGAGCGGGAAAAGAAUCGCAAGCUCAACGAGGAGAAAAAUCGGUUGGUCUUGGAGCUCAGGAAAUAUCGGGUUCGCGAACGGUCCGGGGCUGGUGUGCCGCCGCUAAGGAAGUGGAAUGGGGAAUUAGAGUAG